UUCAUUUUGGUUUCUUAAGCUAUGCAAUCCAACUACAUUUUCCACUUUCGUGUUCCAACUUUGGUAUUCUAGUCAACAAUCACAAGCAGUACAUCUUUGUUGAAUGUUUGGUCAAUUUAAUACUGAAGUUGAUCAUUAACUUCCUCUUUUUCUGCAUCGAUGGUUGGAGCAUUAGGAGCUUAAAUUCGAAUGAUUGUAAUAUUAAAGGGUUGUCCACAAGUCUAAUCAAUAUUAUUCGUCCAUUGAUUGCUUUGUAGACAAGUAGUGUUCUUGCUAUACCCUUUCUAAACAUAAAAGCAACUAUGUUUCUUCUUUGUUUUUCACGUCUUGAGCAAUAAAGUGUGAUUUUCUGAUAUCAGAAAAUGUCUGAUAUCAAUCUGUCUCAAUUCACUGAUGCCUAAGAUAUCAAUUUGUAGUUGUUUCAUUUCAUCUUUCACUGUGUUGAGCAUUCAUGCUUCUUAUGUUCCAUGAUCCUACUUGUAAUUCUAUCUAUGCAGCUUCAACCUUUCUUUCCCCAUAUGCCACCAUUAACAACUAGACAUACUGAGGCUUUAAUCUAGAUACAUCAUAAAUACCAUUAGUACCCUGAUGGAUCCUUGUUUCUUCCUCAGUAGCAUGUCAAGUGCCAUUCAACUGAGAUACCAACAUCCGGCACCAUAUCAUCAGUCAUUUUAUAUUUUCCGUUCAUAUGGUUUUCUUGGUAAAAUAUAAGAAUGGGUUACCAUUACCUUCUCCCAUGCAGUAUAAGUUAAUGCUUUUGCCAUUGUCACUAAAGUGAUCAUCUGCCUCCAGCAUCUUUCUAUGUUGCUGUUGCCCAGGGUAGGUGGCUGCACACUUUUUCUGGACAGCUUGAAUGACCUUUACACCUUGGGUGACCCUGCUGGGAAUACAUAUUCUUGGCAUACACACCCAAUGUUCUUCAUGCAUUCCUCACAUAAACAUCCCCUCUACUAUGAUAAGGUAGCAGGACUUGGGGUGGUGGAAUUAGUGGCUACUCUGAAAAGAUAUUCUUAUGUCUGUUUAGAAUGGAUAUAUUUAACACUCUGUACAGUCAUACCUCUAGACUGCCAAUAUGCAAACAAGUCAUUAAUCAUGAUAAAUCUUGGCAAUUAGUUGAGAUAAUUUCUUGCUAUUUGAUUAGGGUAACUUUUAACUUGAGUUAGACUUGAAUUGUCAAUGCCUAGAUUUAGUUUUUCUUUCCAAUGCAAUGAUGACUGAGUCAGAUAUAAAGCAGAUUAGGCAUAUAUGGCUGCAAGAAGAGACAGAAGAAAGAACAAAUGUUUGGCUGAAUUAUUUUUUUAUUCAGCAACGUUUAUUUUUUCAUACCAGACAGUUGUUCAGCAGAACCUUUCAACAUGAACAGUACUGACAAUGUGAUUGGUGGCAUUUGUGCAAUAUGUGGGGACCGAGCAACUGGCAAGCAUUAUGGUGCCUCUAGUUGUGAUGGAUGCAAAGGUUUCUUCCGACGCAGCAUACGAAAGAGCCAUGUUUACAGCUGCAGAUUUAGCCGGCAAUGUAUUGUUGAUAAGGACAAGAGAAAUCAGUGCAGAUACUGUCGCUUAAAAAAGUGCUUUCGUGCUGGGAUGAAGAAGGAAGCUGUUCAAAAUGAACGGGACCGAAUAAGUACCAGGCGAAGCACCUCUGAUGGCAGUGCUCCUCCUUCUAUUAACACACUGUUCCAGGCUGAAGUGCUUUCUCGUCAGAUUCCUCUUUCAAGUUUAAACCUUGGCACUACUGACAUCAGUGAUAAGAAAAUUGCGGGUGUUAGUGAUGUUUGUGAAUCUAUGAAGCAACAGCUCUUGGUUCUUGUAGAGUGGGCAAAAUAUAUUCCAGCUUUCUGUGAACUACGGCUGGAUGACCAGGUUGCCCUGUUAAGAGCACAUGCUGGAGAACAUCUUUUACUUGGAGCAGCAAAAAGGUCUAUGGCUUACAAAGACAUCAUUCUUUUAGGUAAUGAUUUUGUCAUCCAUCGCAACAGUUCUGAAACUGAGAUUAGCAGAGUAGCAAACCGGAUCCUGGAUGAGCUCAUUAAGCCAUUUCAGGAAAUUCAGAUUGAUGAUAAUGAAUAUGCAUGCCUAAAGGCGAUUGUAUUUUUUGAUCCAGAUGCAAAGGGGCUGAAUAACCCAAUGAAGGUCAGGAACAUGAGAUUUCAGGCUCAAAUGAGUUUGGAGGAUUACAUCAAUGACCACCAGUAUGACUCUAGAGGUCGCUUUGGAGAACUCCUGUUGCUUCUGCCUACAGUCCAGAGUAUCACCUGGCAAAUGAUUGAGCAAAUACAAUUUGUAAAACUGUUUGGUAUGGUUAAAAUUGACAGUUUACUUCAAGAAAUGUUGCUUGGAGGUACAUUUAAUGAUGCUACUAAUAUCCACCCAAUUCAUCCUCAUCUAGCCCAGGAUCCAGUUACUGGGCAAACUCUGCUUAUAAGUUCAGUAAUAGCUUCUGCUCAUACAGAGCAGAUAGCAACUCCUGAAACUCCACUACCUUCACCUCCACAAGGCUCUGGCCCAGAAUACAAGAUAUCUCCAAACCAAGUUACAGUUAUUUCACAGCAAUCUCUUCCAAAACAAAAAACAUUGUGAUAUUGAUCAACGGUUCUUUUAUAUUAUAAGCACUGCAUUAACAAUCUUGACAUUGGAAAACUCAGGGCAGAGAACUUUGAUCCAGAUACAAUAAAAAGAGCUUUGCUUAUGUUUGUUUUUCUUAUAAUUUUUGCUCAAUGCCUGAAUUGAGAUAUUGUGGAUGUUAAUAUUUGAAACUGUGCCUUCUUUGCAAUGUCUUUGAAAAUCACUGAAGAGCAUUAAUAUAUUGUUUCUUUAUAUCAUGUGUCAUCUUAACUGUUAAAAUUUUGUAACAGAAUGCAAAUCUAAUUUCAAUAGAAUUACUAGAUAAAAUAUAGAAAAAAGCAAAGCAAACAGUUUUAACAAUUUAUCUAAACAGUUAUUCCAUUUUCUUCAAUGCAGAACAGAGGUAAUUGCCAAAAUGUUUCCUACAAGGAUUGGCAUGAUGACUGUAUGUAUCAUUAAUGGAUACCUUGAACAUAAUAAUUCAGGGAUGGGUUGUUAUUACAGAAAAGGCUGUGACUGCUGGUACUUGUUAACCAAUGGAUCCAUGGAGCACUCAUUCCUAAGCAAAUGUACAGAGACUUGCAAGCUGUUGGGAAACAAACCUUUGUAACUGUGUGACUUGUGUUCUUCUGGUGGUCUCAUUCCACGACCUAACCUGAACUCAUCAAAUUUGGCUUCAAUGCCCAGCCAACACUUAUCAGAUACCAAUCAUUUUAAAUCCAUUCUGAACCCAAUGAGUAAUAUGAAUCUUCCUCAAUUUUAAGUCCUCUACCAAAGGCUUGGAAGUAUCAGGAUUCUGCACAGUAUAUUAGCUGUUUCUAGCAUUGUACUCUUCUACACAGAGAGCUCUGCUGGAACCCAUCUUAAAAAAUCAUAGCCCUGAGUGCUCCUAUCAUCAUCAUGACCAUUUUGACUUUUACUUUCCACAUCCUCUCUCUCCUUUGGGUCCUGGUACUUUUCUAUCUUCUCAUAUUCCUUCUUGAUGCUAGUGGCACUUGGCACUGCUAUAUAUUCCCACAAUCUUCUGUGGAAUCUCCCAUCUGGACUUAAAAGAGUCUAGUCCAUACACUGUGCAGAGACUCCAGUACACAAUGCCAGUUACUUGGUUGUGCUGCUCACUGUAUGCAUUUCCUACAUGCCACUUAUACCCUGCUAGUAUGUGUUGAAAUGUUUCUGAGGUCUCUUUCUCUACACAGUCUACACCUUGGGUCCUAUAUAGUGAGGUAGACAUGGCUUGUAGGGAUCUGGUACAUAGUGACUAUUCUUAUGCUUCUAAGAUCACUGCCAGUGCUAUAUUUUACUCCAGCCCUUCCCAGCCACCAGUAAGAUUUCCCAAUGUCUGCCACUUCAGAUACUUAUUGAUGAUAUAUCCCAUGCAGGGUCUUGAUUUACCAUGGCACUUCCUCUGCUUGAUCUUCCUCCCAUUCUGCUGCUGCCUUGGGCAUUCUUUUAGCAGCUCACCUUUGGGUGCCAUCUUACUGAUAUACUAAAGAGCCAUGGUGGCGCAGUGGUUAGAAUGCAGCAUUGCAGUCUAAUUUUGCUGACUGCCAGCUGUCAGCAGUUUGGCAGUUCAAUUCUUACUGGCUCUAAGUUGGCUGUAAAACACUGCAAAGUGGUAUAUACGUCUAAAUGCUUUUACUAUUGCUACAGGUCUUAUUCAGGACAGAGUCUUUGACUGUUUUUUACACACACACACACACACAAACACACCCAGACCCACUUUUAUAUGGUGUGACAUCCUGGUCAAUGACCACUAUAAAGAUAUUGACCUAUCUGAAAUGCAAUGAUUUUCUAGGAUGCCAAAAAGUUUCAGAAAUGAAAAACUUGUUAUUUUAGAACUCUUUUGUAUUAUUACCUAUUUUACACAAACCCUGUUUUAAAGAGUAUAUUGUAAUUUAUUGAGAAAUGAUUUAUUUUCUAAAUGUAGAAUUAUUUUUGUAUGCCUAAUUGUAUAAAAUCACAAUAACUGUUUCAAAUAGCAUUGUGUUAAGUUGUUUGAACGAUGAUGUAAUGUAUGAACAUAGGCUUGAGUAGCCAUGAAAUGGUUACCGCAAAUGUUUUUAGACUGACUGUUUUUCAUCAAUGCUCAAUAAACAUAUAUUGAAAACAUAUGAAUGUUAAA